AUGGACCCCAAAUGGCUGCUUUUUGCGUUGUUUGCCGGUUGUGUGAUGGCGCAGGAGCGUCAUCAUCAUGAAUACCGUCGCUACGAGUGUACUCAAAAAGCCACCGGAAACGGCACCGUAUGCUCGUUGACGCUUAAGAAGAAGCGGAACGACGAUUCGAGGGAAUACCAUGUGCCGGUGAACCAGGGGUGCUUCGAGGAGCGCGGGUUCCGCGGCGCGGCCGUGCUGUGCCCGCUGUACUGCCCGCAGACCGGCGCCGCCUACGUCAUCGCCAAGAGCCCCUCCAACAACCACAAAUGCGUCAACUUGGACACGUACAAGACUGAAGAGAGGAAUGGGCAAUGGUUCUUCUGGCGCACCGGCAAGUGCAUCGAUCAGGAAAUGACGUUCGAGCUCGGUUGCCACUUCCUUAUCCCCCCGGAGCAGGCGAAUGUUGAGGAGUUCUUCAAGAAGGUC